GCAAAAAGAAGAUCGAAAUUGAUGCACGUAAUCUUUUAGAUUAUAAAGAUAGAAUUAUUUAUGGAGAUUGGCUUCAAGUAAUUGAACAACUUUCUAAUUCCGUUGAUAAACAAUUUAAAAUUGUGGAUUUAAAACAACUCUUCGAAUGUGAUUUUUCAACUUCAACUAAAGCAUCUAUUACUGCAAGCAGAAUUGUCCUGUUAGAUUCAACGAAAGCAUAUUUUCGUUGCAGAUUGCGUGGUGGUUGCGGCAUUCCAAAAGUUACCCUUGAGGAUUCAUUAACAGAUUGGUUUCAUCUUCAAGAGAAAGUCAACAAACUUCGUAAUUUAGAACUUGACCUUGAUUUCUGGUUUGAUAGUACUUUUGAAACAAUUGACGAAUGGUCAGGAUGGAUAAGUUCUUUGCUUCCAUAUACCAAGCAUAUGUGUGAAAUUACAAAUAAUAUAAUUGUUCCUGAAAAUGUGCCCUCUGGAAUGGUAAACGUUCCAUUUGAAUUUAAACUUGAAGGAGAAAAUUUACAUUUCGCUUUGAAUUGUUCCGCAGGAUUUCUAGGUGCUAGGCAGGAUAUAAUUAAUGGUGAAUACAUCGUUUCACCCGUUUUUGGUUGGUAUAUUGUUGAUCAAAUUUGA